UCUUGAAAUUCACGGCGACUCAAUGAAGUUAAAUUUCAAGUUUGCAAAGUUGUUUGGAACAACAUAUAAGUCUGGUAACCUGGAAUUCACCCAGAACGGUUCGUGUGUUGUUAGUCCCGUCGGGAACCAAGUCACAAUUUUUCAUCUACUUCGGGAUGAAUCUCGUACUGUAUCUGUUAAUAGCCAAUUUAAUCUAACCCAUGUUGCCAUAUCUCCUAUAUUGCCUGUCCUUUUCGCUGCCAAUACGAAUGGUGAUGGCUCACUUGUCUCACUUGUUACCGGGAACGUGAUUAAUGUCUACAAAUUCCGCCAUCCCUUAUCGGCUGUUGCGUUCAGCCCUAAUGGCAAGUAUUUAGCAAUUUCGAAAAACCACUGCAUUAUGGUUUUCCUGGCACCAGAGCCAAACAGAAGCGCGAAUUCUCUGGAGUUACACAGAUUUCUGUACGGUUUUCAAGAUACAAUAAAAAACAUCGAAUGGUCUUCGGACUCCAGAUUCAUUAUUGCCGGCAGCGAUGACAUGACGGCACGCAUACUUUCCGUAAAGAAAUGUGAAAAACUUAUUAUAUACACUCUUUCUGGACAUAAGAGUUCAGUGUUCGCCAAGUUUUGUGGCGAUGGCUCGCUUGAUUGUUUUACAGUGGGCACUGAUGGCGAACUCAAGCUAUGGACCUGUGAUACAGAAUUGCAAAAUAUGGAUUCUGCAGUUGAAGGUGAAUCAGCGAAGGCAACAUUCCGUCUCACCUCCAAGUUCUUUUAUCGUAACGCACAGGAACACCGAGUCCCCGAAGCAAUUACCGCUAUUAGUUUUCACCGCAAAUUAAAGAUCCUAGUAACAGCAUUCGAAAAUGGUGUGGUUAUGCUCCACCAACUGCCAGAAUUCGUGCUAAUGGACAAGGCAAGACUGAUGGUUGAUCCAAUCACUUCGGUGACGAUAAAUCCAGCUGGUGAUUGGAUUGCCAUUGGCUCCGAAGAGCACGGCCAACUGGCAGUGUGGGAGUGGCGUUCGAAGUCUUGUCAUCUGCGAGCUGAAUCCCACGCCAACGAGAUGACCAGUUUAUCCUACUCCCCCGACGGCCUUCUACUUGCUACCGGGGGUCGUGACGCCAAAGUUAAGAUUUGGAAUGUUGGCAGUGGACGCGCCAUGGUCACCUUCUCCGACCACCAAGCCCCGGUCACGCAGGUGGCCUUCCCUUCUACGAAGCCGAAGGUUGUCGUCUCGGCGAGCCUAGACGGGACCGUGAGGGCCUUCGACUUGACCAGAUACCGCAACUUCCGGACGAUGUCAGUGCCUAGCCGCGGCGUGCAGCUGUCCGCCCUCGCAGUCGAUCCACUCGGUGACCUCGUCGCGUCCGGGGCCCUAGACUCCUUCGACGCCUACGUCUGGUCCAUCCGCACUGGGCAGCUUCUUACAGUCCUCACCGGACACACCGGCCCCGUUUCCUCUAUCCUCUUCAAUCCCGGUCUGGAACAGUUCGGCCGGCUUGAAGUCCUGACGGGCAGUUGGGACGGCUCCUUCCGCACUUGGAGCCUGGCCGACUGCGAAGCCGCAGCCACCUCCGGCGCCGGAGCCGACGCAGUAGCUGGAAGCACGGUCCUUGAAACAACCACAGUUCCUCUGGACAUCGCCUGCAUGGCUUACCGUAACGACGGACGCGAGCUGGCCGUCGCCAUGAUCAACGCGACGAUCGUCUUCUUCGACCCCGUCGCAGGCACCCAAUUGGGCAGCAUUGAAGGUCGAUGCGACCUUGACGUCGCUCAAGUCUCCAAGACCGACUUGGUUACGCCGCACAAGGCUGCAAGGGAGAGGUGA